AUGAGGGAUUCUGACUCUCCCAUACAGAAACACAGCAAGGAUCCAGAGGACGCCGUGCAUUUACUGAAUCAUGUCAACUACGACAAUGAGGAAGACCUUAAAUGGUCAUCUCAGCCUCGAACUCCUUUACUCAACAAUAUCGGAGACCUACCGCUUGUUCCCCGGCGAGCACAUGCCGAAUACGGCGACGGCGCUGGAGACGGAGGCGAGGGUAUAUGGCGCGACCUGCCCAAUGAUGCACUCGACGAGGCAUGGGAGAAGCUCAUCGACGAGCAUAUCCUCCCCGUCACGAAGGAGGAUAUCCUAGCGAUGCGCAAGGACCCGGAUGUGGUCGCGAAACUGCCUGAGGAAUUCUGGGUGGACGGCGAGGAGAGGUACGUGGCCAAGGCGGCCGCGUUCCACAACCUCCACUGCCUUGAUUACCUCCGCAAGACCGUCUACCAGGACCAUUACUGGCCCAACGGCACGGGCAGCGUACCGUUUCAUGAUACACACGUUUCGCAUUGCAUCAUGGUGUUGAUGGAGCAUCUGACGUGCGCGCCGGAUCCUGGAGUUUUCCUGUUCCGCUGGCUGGACGAGUUCCAGAUCCCGAUUUCCGAUGUCAACAUCUGGCGCAAGUGCUGGGACUUCCAGGCUGUUUUGGACGGAUACCAAGACAUCUCUCUGCGCGACCUCAGCGAGUUCGAUCUGAAGAAACCGGCUGGUGCCAAGUCUCGGCCUGCUCCCGAGUACAUGCUCAAGGUUGGAAAGGAGUUCCACAAGAAUAAUCCCGAGUGGCCGCCUGAGAACUGGGUUGACGAUGGGCACCGCGACAUUUAUGACCUUGAUCAGGAAUGA